GGUUCGACCGUAUAUUCCAAAUAGGGUUUCGUUAUGGCUCUGUUUUGCUCACCCUGUAAUAAAACUUUAACUUCAAUUUCCUCUUCGUUCACAUCAUCUGCAAUUCCAAAAGCUUUCAAAUCCCCAUUUCCUCCGAUUUUCAGUUCGGAAAGGGUUUCAAAUUUUACACCGCGCAUUUCGAUUGACCUGUCUCGGAAGAAACCUUAUAUACCCAAGUGCUCGGAUUCUUCAGUUGAGCCAGAUAAUAAUACAAAUUCUACGACAAUUAUUUUCCUGAAAGGACUAGCAAAAUCUACAGCAGAGGGAAGAUUGAAGGUGGUAUUUUCACAAUUUGGAGAUGUCAGCCGAGUCAAAAUCAUAACAGAUAAGAUAAGUAAGCAACCGUUGGGGUUUGCAUAUAUCUGGUUUUCCGAUAAAGAAUCUGCACAAUCUGCUGUCCAAGAGAUGAAUGGAAAGUUCUUAGAUGGCAGGUUCGUACAGGUUCAGAUAGCAAAGCCUGAAUCUUGCAAGCCAAAUGUCAGGACAGCAACUUACAAAUUCUAGGCAACCCUGAUCUGCUUCUGGCGAGCAUUAAUAGCCCAUUUAAGGUUACCAAAUUAAGGAUAUCCGGACAUGAACGAAUCCACGAUUCAGGAGCACUCGAGCAAACCUUGUAGACAGCCGCAAGGACCUAUCUGAUGCUAAUGAUAUCUGAAUCUGGCUACUAUUGCUCCUUUGUUGAUAUAACUUGAGGUCGUUUGUGCAUAAGGCUGUAUUGUGGUCCGGGCCCGGGCCUAAAUGGGCCAAACGGGCCUGGGCUUAGUCGGGCCGGGUUGAGGCGGUCCCGGGCCUAACGGGCCAAAUGAGUAGAACCGGCCCACUGCGGUCCUAAGCCCACAUGGUCCCGGGCUAAAUGGGCCGGCCCGCGGGCCUAAACGGACUUUUUCGUUCCGGGCNA